AUGACGCAACCGACGCAGUCCCGCAGGCGUUUCGCUCCUGUGCCGAUCGAGACCACAUUCAAGGAGCACCGCAGGGGCGGCCCAGCCGCUGAGCCCACCCCCGAGCCCUCCCCGACCUCCGCCUCGCCGUCUUCGCCUCCGGCGCCCGUCCAGGUCACCCACCACGAGACCCAGACUGUCACCCGGGAGAAGCGCCGCUUUGCCCCGCAGCUCCUCGAGUCCAGCCGAAGGUCACGCAGGGCCGGCGAUGUCGGCCCGGCCACCAAGCCCGCCGACAAGACCGACAUCACCCCCUACGCCAAACACAUCUACUCCCUCACCUCCAAGAAGAAGCACAACCGGCGGCCCGGCCACGCUAGGAGGGAGUCUUGCGACGACGAGAUUGCCGACCAUGUCUUCGACCUCAACAAGCUGGAUGCGCAGAUGCGCCUGGAGGAGGCCAUGUCUGCGUUCCCCAACAGCACCGUGAGGCUUGGCGGCGCCGAGCAUUUCUUCCUGCGGGAAGGGUCCGAGGAUGACGACGACCUACCGCGCGGUAGGGCCAAGGCGCGCGGCGCCGGCAACAACGAGUCGCGGAGGGACUCGUCCGAGGACAAUGUCAAUUGGAUGGUCAAGGAGAUGCAGAAACACGCGGGUCAGUUGGCUGCCGAGAGAGGCGCCGGUGGGAGCGGAGCCAACGAUUUCGAUGACCUCGAUUCCGCCUCUGCAAGAAGCGAUGGACCCCCCGACAACACAUUUGCCUUCACCAACAAUGCUCGCCAUACCAUGCGCAGCUCGAUAGGGCCCCUGAGCCCCAUAGGCGAGCUCGGAGACCCCCUGGGCUCGCACCCCAGCAAGUCGGCUGAGCCCUCCUACUCUGGCCCUGCCGCAUCGUACGAUGCUCAGGCCCCUGCGCGGACGAUUGGCGAGUCAACUAUGCCCUACGUCCCAUCCGCACCACCGCCCAAGACAGCCGACGUCGACAUGCCUGACGCACCGCCGGCGCGGCCCGCUGCUGCCCCGGCCUCCCAGAUCCCCCCAGAAACCGGCUUCGCCCGCCCCCGAGGUGCUUUUGGCCGCUUCUACGGCUACCAGAACCAGGCACAAGACAAGGCCGCCGAGAAGGAACUGUUCCGCAUGAGGACGCGGCAAAGCCCCCCAAUGGCCGGCAAGGAUCUGACCUUCCGGAUGUGCCCGUCCCCCAAGCAGACCAAGCUCGACCCGGAGCAGAAGUGGGACACCGCCCUAGGUGGCCAUGUCGAGCCGAACCGGGACACCACGGGCCAGCACGGGCUCUGGAGGGGCUACUGCUUCACGCAGAACAAGGGCGGCGAGGCCUUGGCCCCCUCGCCCCGCCCCGCCAUGAUCAUGACGCCCAUGACACCGCAGACCCCAUACGAGCACAGCGAUCCUUAUGCCGCCACGAACGGGACGCUGGCUCCCUUUCCCGUAUCCGCCGAGCCGACACCCGUGGCGUCCGGGCAGGCUUCUGCGCUCCCGACCACCUCGGAGCACCGCUCGCGGGCGGGCGAGCCAAAGGGCCUGCACAUGCUGAUGGGCCUGGAGCAGCGGCUGCAGAAGGAGGUGGCAGUGGCGGAUCUCGAGGAGCGUAUCGCCUCCGAGUUUGACGACAAGUUCGUCACUCAGGUGUACAACUACCUGAGCCUUGGGUACCCGGCCACGGCACGGGCAUACGAUGAGGAGCUGUCCAAGAUCAGUCAGAUCCCGACGGAGGAGCUCGAGCAGGAGGAUGAUACGGUCAUGGACGGGAUCGGCAGCAGGGCCAAGGGACACAUGAAGAUCAGCAUGGACCUGGACAUGAAGGAAGACAGGCGCUGCCCGCGGUGGAAGGCUCUCAAGAAGUACAUAUUCGAAUGGGCCAGGCAGCAUCCAGACCUGGACAGCAUCACGCCCUUGGCAUGGGGCGUGGCGCAGAGGAGGGGCAGCUGGGGGAUCUGA